GAUCGAAAGUUCGUAUUUCGAGAGAUGACAUCUUUCAUCUUUUCUUUUUCAUUUAUGAAUGUAGUGUUGAAUAAUGUCGUCUCCACGUCCAAAGUCUCCGCGACCUCCUGUUUCAUCGAAAAAGGAUGAGAAAGAAGAAAGCUUUUGGGAUAAGAUUGGGACGUUAGGUCGAAAAAAACGUAUCAAAGAAGUGCAAGAGGUACAAGAAGAGGGGAAAUAUGCAAUUGAUUCACCAGGAUUUGCGGCCAGUCCAGAGAUGCCUCCAGAGGAGUAUGCAUUGGAUGAAAAUGAGGAGCGUUCAAUGAUAGAGCCUAGGUCUUUGGAAGAUUCCAAACUAAAAGAAUUAAUAUUUGUUUUGAUCGAAUGGAUCAAUGAUGAAUUAGCCAACCAGCGUAUUAUUGUGAAAGAUAUUGCAGAAGAUUUGUACGAUGGGCAGGUACUACAGAAACUGUUGGAAAAGUUGACAGGAGAGAAAUUAGAUGUUCCUGAAGUAACGCAGUCAGAGGAAGGUCAAAAACAAAAAUUAGCAGUUGUGCUGUCAACCGCUAAUCGAGUACUGGGUCGUUAUCCUCCUUACAAGUGGAAUGUUGAAGCUGUCCAUUCGAAGAAUAUUGUUGCGAUUUUACAUUUAUUGGUUGGUUUGGCAAGGCAAUUUCGAGCGCCCGUUAGAUUGCCUGAAAGAGUAGCCGCACAGGUAGUCGUCGUGCGUAAAAAAGACGGCCAAUUAAUACACAGAACAGUCAGAGAGGAAAUUACAUCGACGUACGACGAUUUGGGAAUGCGUUGCGAAAGAGAUGCUUUCGACAGUCUUUUCGAUGACGCGGUUGAUAAAUUAGCCGUAGUUAAGAAGUCGUUGAUUUCUUUCGUUAAUAAACACUUGAGUAAAGUUCAUUUGGAAGUGACAGACUUGGACACGCAAUUUCACGAUGGAGUCUUUUUAACGCUGCUGCUUGGGCUACUUGAAGGCUUUUUCGUGCCUUUAGGUAGUUUUCAUUUGACCCCUAAAACACACGACCAGAAGGUGCAUAACGUUUCGUUUGCGUUUGAUAUUAUGCAAGAUAUUGGUCUACCAAAGCCCAAAGCUCGCCCAGAAGAUAUUGUAAAUUUAGAUCUAAAAUCAACUCUACGAGUAUUGUACAAUUUGUUCACGAAGUACAAAGGCAUGAAUUAAGUUGAUAAAGGCGAACGAAUAUUAUAAUAUUCGAUAAACGAACGACAGUUGAUUAACAUUGCUAAUGUUACUAACGUUACUAAUCAAAGAAUGUGGUUUUUAUAAUUGGUAUGCGACCAGUGCCUUUGCGUAUGUAUAUGGAUACAUGAUGGCAAUGGGUAGUGUAUAAAAGAGAGUAGUAGAAGAAACAGAAACGAAAUGAAAGGGAUAUUGUUACAUCUAAUAUCAUUUAAUCUAAUAUUACUUGACGAUUCAAAUCAAAUGUAACUGUACAAAUUUUAUAUAUUCUUAACAAGAAUUAAUAUAUAAAAAUUUUCACUUGUUGAA